AUGAAAACCCCUAAUGGAAAUACAUUGAACACUGAGGAUGCUGACUCGGAGAGGUCUCUCUCGCCGCGAGCGGAACGGCCCGACAUCAGUGAACAAAACCAACAACAGACGUCGUUCAUGAACGUUGCCAGACGCACGAUUAAACGAAAAAAUAGACCGAAGAAAGUCUCCCAGUCGCGAAUGCAACGUUCUCGGUCGGAAAAAGUGAUGACGGCCCGGAAUGUCGGGUUUCAUAACACCGAAGCGUUGUACGCGAUCACAUCUCCUACUCCGUUCAUGGACACCGAAACCGUGGAACUAUUGGUGACGGUAACCAAAAACAAACUAAUGAAUGUCAUACGCAGAAAAGGCCCCGUUUACUUCUCUGAGCGGAUGAUAGCAAAACUAAAAAACCGCCGUAAUCGCCUUCAUUAA